AUGGCUCGUCCUAUUGUAUUUGAUUCAACCUCUGUAGCUCCUGUUAUGACUUCUUUUGAUACCAUUUAUGUCGAAGAAUUGAUAUCUUCGGACAAUAACACGCCUCUUGACACACCUUCCAAGGGUAUGCUUGUGACUAGUUCUAAUCCUUCUGGUUCAACCAUUCCAAAACUUGCUCCUCCUCCUACAUUGAUGCCUCUAGCUUCUUCUAUACCUUCCUUUCUUCAUUAUUUUACCUAUACUAGCUUUUCAAUAAGCCUGGUCUUGAUUGGCCAACACCAAGAGUGCGUCGAAAUGGUGUCCCAAUACCCUGAAGCGUUAGUUGGGCUUAAGAUGUUGGAAGGGGAUAACGAGGAUGCUAGUUCUUUAAAGAAACAAAUGGAGGAGAUGGAUUCUUCUGCUACUAGCUCUGACCAAUAA